UCCACUCAAAAUGCAAAGACAUGGGCGAACAAGAAGAUCCCAGCUGGCUUGCCAUGACGAGCGAGGAGUGUCCUGUGCCGCUGGGGAGCAUUUCCUCAGCAGGGCCAGGGCAGAAUGAGGAAUACAGCUCGGCGCAGGCUGAUGACAUCAUUGAGGAAAUGGGCCCAGGUGACGAUGUCAGUAUCGGCAGUGACCUGAGCACUCUCGUGGUGCCCUUCCCAGAGCUAGCGCCCGUGGUCUUCUUCUGCCUCAAGCAGACCACCUGUCCUCGCAACUGGUGCAUCCGUAUGGUCUCCAGCCCAUAUCCUUUGGUUCACUGAUGGAAUGGAUCAA